AUGCCUCUGUAUAAAAAAGUACCCCCUGCUGACCUGUACCACUUUAGUGACCAGUCAGUCCAGUCUAUGCCUGAGAGCGAAGGCUAUGGAAUGAGCGAACUCCCUCACCAGACCUCGAGGAGCCCUCUCGCCCCUGCCGAUCCUACCACUCCUGGUACCGGCAGCUCCACCCCCGGGCACGUCCGCUACCCUCCCUCUUCCCAGAUGUCGCGUGCCCAGCAGCCCGCCGGCGACGCGUACACCACAAUCCCCCUCCAAGACGCCAAUGGCCCCGCUUCAGCCGCUACCACUCCCGGUGUCGGCUCUGCCAACAAGAAGAACCGAUGGUCUUUCAUGCCUAGCGGCCACGCUUCCAGUGUGAGCAUCGACCAGUCUGUCAACGAAAAGUCCCCCAAGCGCCCCAAGAACAACAGAAACACCAGCUGGGAUCUCUUGGGUGAUAAGAAUGAGUGGGACCAUUACAAGACCAACAGCGCAAGCGUUGAGAACCUCAGAUUUGCGGAGGGUGAUGCGGGUACCAAUAAGUUCUCGAGACUUUAUUACUGGGCUUUGAACAAGGGUAUCGCCUUCCGAUGGGCCAUGUACAUCAUCCCAGUACUCAUUUUGCUAUGGGUUCCCGGAAUUGUAUACUACGCUGGUGUCGACUCGGCCAAGAUCUGGGCCGUUACUCUUAACUGGUGGUCUAUUUGGCUUACUAUCGUCUGGCUCACCUUCUGGGCCUCCAGCGCCACCUGGAUGAUGGUCCCCACCAUCUGGAAGAACACCGUUGCUUCUAUCAUCCCCUCAGCCAAGGCUUUGACCGAAGUCAUUGCUGCCCUCGGCAGAUACGCCAAGCUAAUUUUCUGGACUCUUGCCAUGUGGAUCUCCUUCACUCCCUUGAUUGUAAACCAUUACAGUGGCAGCGACGAGAGUAGCUCCAAGAGCAACUUGACCACUAUCGCCAACCUCCUCUUCGGUCUCUUCUUGUGCUCUAUCGUUUACGCCGGCGAGAAGCUCAUCGUUCAACUCAUUGCCGUCCAGUUCCACCGUGACUCUUACGAGGACCGACUGAAUGAGCAAAAGUUCAACAUCAAGGCUCUCACCUACCUCUACACCAACUCCCACGACAUCCCUGGUCGUAGCGAUACCUUGAUUGACUCUGCGUCCACAAAGACCAAGGGGGCUCAAGUCCCCAAGAUCGCUUUGAGGAAGGCUCUCAGAGGCUUGAGGGAUGUUGCGCAGACCACUUCUACUGCUCUCGGAAACGUCGCUAGUGAAAUGACUGGCCAGAGUGUCUUGCAGACCAACUCUCCUGCCAACAAGGUCACUGCUGCCCUCGGUUCUGCCAACAAGUCCAAGGCUCUCGCCCGACGACUGUUCUACUCUUUCAGGGCCCCCGGCGCCGCCCACCUUGAUAUCCAGGACAUUGUGCAAUACUUCCCCAACCUUGAGACUGCCCAGAACGCUUUCUCCAUGUUUGACAAGGAUGGCAACGGCGAUGCUACCCGAGACGAGAUUGAAGCUUCCGUCCUCGGUAUCCACCGCGAGCGUCUUGCCCUCGAGGCCUCCAUGCGCGACCUCGAUGGUGCUGUGCGCCGACUCGAUGACAUCUUCAUGGUCAUUGUCUUCCUCAUUGCUAUCCUUAUCCUGGCCUCCAUGAUCACCACCAAGCUCACUACCCUCGUCACCUCUGCCAGUACCUUCAUCCUCGGUCUUUCUUGGUUGAUUGGUACGACUAUGCAGGAGAUCCUUGGUGCUUGUAUCUUCUUGUUUGUCAAGCACCCCUUCGAUGUGGGAGACCGAGUCGACAUCGACGGCGUCCAGUACACUGUUGCCAAGAUGCAGCUCCUCUCUUCCUCUUUUAAGAGGAUCGACGGCAAGUACGUUUGGAUUGGUCACAACGUCCUUACUACCAAGAUCAUCGAGAACAUCCGACGAUCUGGCGCCAUCUCUGAAGAAUUUACCUUCGAUGUCGACUUUACCACCUCUUUCGAAGCUCUCCAGGCUCUCCGAGCUCGUAUGCUCAAGUUUCUCAAGGAGAACUCUCGAGACUUCCUUCCCGUAUUCGAUGUCACUGUCGACGACAUGCCUGCCCAAGGCAAGCUCGUCCUCAAGGCCGACAUCAGGUACAAGUCCAACUGGCAACAGGUCGCUCUCAAGGUGCAAAGGAGGAACAAGUGGGUUUGUGCUUUGAAGAUGGCCCUUGCCGAUCUCCAAGUCUGGGGUCCUGCUGGCGCUGGUAACCCUUCACCCGAAGUUGAGGCUGUCGAGCCCGUACAGUACACCUUGGUCCCCUGGGAGGAUGUGAAGGCCAAGGACGCCGCUGCCCCCGCCCCUGUUCCUGUUGCUGCUGCCCCUCCCUCUCCUCCCAACCUCAUGGACCCUCGUGCCGCUGUCAACGACCCCUACGGUGACAUCUGGAACGAGGGUGAGGAUCUGCAAGGAUUCGAAUCCGCUGGCCCCUCUCGACCUGCUACGCCCGGCGCUAUGCAGUCCUACAGUGGCCGACCUGCUCAGCCUCAACGCCUGGACUCGCUCCAGAAGGGCCCAGUGGACGUCGAUGCCAAGAGGCAGGUUUAG